AUGCAGCCCAAAACAGGGUUCCUAUCUCUUGUUCAAGAACUGGGGUUUUACAUUCUCAGUUUUCUUCCUUGUCGAGAUAUUCUUCGUUGUACGUCUGUAUGCAAGGCCCUUCGCCAGGCGUACAUGUCCUCCUCCGAACUUCAGUAUAUCAUCGAACUCAGUGGCCAACGGUUACUUCCUGUCCCCAACACGGACAACCGCACUCCUACUUUCAACCGCCUACAGACAUUGAAGGACAGGGCCCACGCAUGGUUCAAAUUUGACAUGCACUCUUUCAAAACAAUCACAUUGAGAGAAAACUUGAGCGCUAAGAAACAGCUGGUCACUGGUGGGCAUCUCUACUCGUGGCAUGAAGAUAAUGACGUGGCUGCGAUAAUUCCAAUACUUCCAAAGCCCUCACAACGAACAAUCGAGCGCUCCUGGUCUAGAGGAACAUUGCGUUCGGUGCCCCACUCAUUCACUCUGGACGUGCUGAUGGACCCAGCGCAAAACCUGAUCGCCGUUGCGUAUAGUGUUGCUUCGGAGAAUCAUCCUCUUGAAUCGGAUGAGGCCGUCCAAAUUGACCUUGGGGCCCUGGAUAGUGAUGGUGUUCACCCUCAAGCUGCUGGACGGGCUCUACUUCUAUCGCAACCGUCCCUUCCAACAUUGUUUGCGAUUCUCAAAGGUUCAGGGAGACAUAUCGCGUUGCAGCGUUCCUUGGUUAUUGUAGCUGACGGUGGAAGGAGUCUCUCCAAGAAAGGCUGGCAGCUGCAGAUUUGGGAUUGGCAAAACUCAGCGACAUCGAAUAGUGUCCUAGACAAGACUGGUGAAAGUGACAUGGAUUUUUGUUUCCUCGGAAAUGACAGGUUGCUCGUUGUCGCUGGCAAUCUGGAGCUCUACUCGAUCGAGGACAUAUCCCAGGCGCCACAAUUGCUGGCGUGUUUCCGAUCGCCCUUCCCAUUGUGGCGCAUACAAUGCCUCCUUCCGAUGGAUGAUAUCGAGCAGAUGCAAGCCCAACCUCAAACAGUGAGCUACAUAUCAGACCCUGCGCAUCAACUACUAUGCCUCACUACGUCCUAUGAUACUGAUACUUUUAUCAUCAUCAUCUCCACGAGGAUUUUCUUCGACCUUGACGGAGUUGUAGCAACAGUGCCCACACCAUGGAGACGUUGGGGUCCUUCAAAUACUCGUAUUUUCCGGUAUCCAUAUCCAUGCAAAGUCCACAUCAGUGGAAACCGAGUUCUGCAGGCGAUCAUGGUUGACACGCCAGACAGGUAUGGCGUGGAGUACGAAGUACGUCUGAUGGACUUCAGCCCAAUGGCUGCGACAAACAGGCAGGGUCUUGGACGUGUUGUGAAAGAGUCAUCUAUGAUAGAAAUAAGUCCCUCAAGCUUCGAGUUCAUGGGUACUACCAUUGAAGAGAAAAACUUGGAAAUUACAACAUCCUUGCCUUAUGUCGAGGUUGUAUCGGACAGGAAGAUCAGCACUCGCGAGUUACUGGGCAUAUGGCUCGACAGGGAUAGGAUUUAUUUGCUCAACGUCAACUGGGAAGAUGUUGCGGAAGGUUCUACUUCGUAUCUUACAUGGGAGUCUAGCAGGCUCGAGGUCAUCAACGUCUAGAGCAGGACUCGUCUGUCGUCGGGUAGUAUACAUGUAUAUCAACUUGGCACAAUGGUAGCUAAGUGGAUAGAUUGUUGUAUUCCACUUUCUGAGCACAAACAGGUCAUGUGAAACUGGGAUCACGAGUGUUCCGCUCUUGAGUCCAGGUAUCAAUAUUCUACCUGGUCUCG